UAAAAUGGGUCGUCGCAAGUCGAAGAGAAAGCCCCCGCCUAAAAAGAAACUAACUGGGAACCUGGACACUCAGUUUACCUGUCCUUUCUGCAACCACGAGAAGUCCUGCGAUGUCAAAAUGGAACGCAGCAGAAACACGGGAAUCAUAUCUUGUACAGUUUGCUUGGAGGAAUUCCAGACACCUAUCACCUAUCUUUCAGAGCCGGUGGACGUGUACAGCGAUUGGAUAGACGCGUGUGAAGCAGCCAAUCAGUGACAUUUAGGGCGGUCUCAAUUAGACUUAGCACUACAUACCAUCUCAUUUGACCUGUAAUAUCCUGUCUGAAACUCUUCAGCAUGAUUAUAGAUGUUUUUUUUUGAACAGGGAAUUGUCUCGAAACACAACUUAACUUACGACUGGCGUCUGAGAGCGCGAUCAGAAGUAGUAUCUUAAAAGUGACACAUUCCCCCUAUCAUUUUGGUCAUUUUAACUGAAGACUGAUUCCCUAUACUAAAAUUUAUAAUGUGAGGAAAAAAAAACUGGACAGUUGUCAUUGCAUCACACCAGUUUGUCACACCGUUUGUAGUGAUUCCGGUGAUGACAGCGUGGGAUUAAUGAACUGUGUUGCAUCAUUUUUAUAAUGUAAUGAUCCUGUGGAGGUUUUUUUGUUGAUUAAUUCGUUUAAAUUAUUCGAAGAUUAACUUUGCUCAUACAGAUGGAGCUGUGUAUCAGUAUCACACAGGUGUAAGUCAUGCUGAAAUUUAUGUUUGUAUGUCGCUUUUUUUGUUUUUAAAUAGACAUUCGCUCAGUUCACAAGUGUUUCAAUCAAUAGUUGUCCGUCAGUAACGGAUACUCAAGUUGUUUGACGUGUAGUUCUUAGUUGAGGUUCAUUUGCACCCAGAAUGAAAAGUACAAAUUCUGCUUAUUUGUUUUGUGUUUAUUACCCUUGUUUUACAUCCUUGUAAGGUCAUGUUUAAAUGGCCACUGGGCAGUGUCAUGCAUUCAGAGACAGAUUUGAGUUCUAGCACAUCAGAUUCAAAAACAUCUCAUUUGUCUUCAAUUUGGCUCCAGAAUCUCAUCAGAAUGUGGGAUUUUGGACGACCUGUUAGGACGUUUAUAUUUGUCUAAAAGAACAUUCGUUAAUUCUUAUAGCUUAAUGCAGUAAUACCAUAAAAAUGAAAAAAUUUAAAACUUUGCCACCAGAUGUUUCGGUAGUAACAAUUUUGUAACACUAGAUGGUGCUAGAAAACAAUGGUUGCUCUGAAGGGUCUCUCCCUCAAGUUGUGGAAACAGUAACUAAUUCAUGCAAUCAGGUAAUAAAUAAAAUGAAAUUAUUGUAAUACAGAAACUUUCUAUUCAUUUUGUAAAAGUAUGGACAAAUUAUAGGGACAAAUAUUUAAAGGAAUGUCAUCUAAUGUAAAAAAAAAACAAAAAUAAAAAAAAAACAUUUCUGUCAUGUUAAUGGAAUAGGAAUACAUGCUGUUUAUCAAUCAGAACUGCUACAUUUUCAGAAUUGAUACAUUUUUACAUAAAUGUAUAAAACACGGAUCACAUGCAAUGUCGUAAGUUAGGUGGUAAAGUGUACAUUGCAGAGUUGCAGAACAUUUUUUUUUUAAAUCAUUGUUAUGUUAAAUGUU